GUAACUGACAGCCUUCUAAACCAAUUGGAAUAACUUUCUGACACGCCCCGUUAAUUUUGACACGCCCACUAUUCUGACCAGCAGAGAACCAUACUUGAAGUUUUUCUCCCAGAUUUCUCCACAUAUUUCUCCUCCAUCAUGGAGGCGCUUGGGGGAUACCCCACCAAAUCCUCUGCGUCUAGAGCAGGACUGCUCAAGGUCUUGCUGAGUGUGGCCGUGUGCAUGGGCUCACUGUACCUACUGCAGAGUAAACUGUCGAAGUCAAGAAAAGCCAAAGAUUUCUACUCGUAUGAAGUGAAGGACGCGAGAGGCAGGACUGUGUCUCUGGAAAAGUAUCGGGGGAAAGUCUCUCUGGUUGUAAACGUGGCGAGUGGGAGCGAGUUAACGGAGCAGAAUUACCGGGCUCUGCAGGAGCUUCACCGAGAGCUCGGCACCUCGCAUUUUAACGUGCUCGCGUUCCCCUGCUCGCAGUACGGGGACACCGAAUCAGGAACCAGUCGAGAAAUAGAGGCUUUUGCCAAAUCCAACUACGGUGUGACGUUCCCCAUCUUUAGCAAGAUCAAAAUAAUGGGGUCUGAGGCGGAGCCCGCAUUCAGAUUCAUCACAGAUUUAUUCUUCAGAGCGGGGAAGGGCGACCCCUCGUGGUCACCGCCAAUCGACAUCACGUGACCAUCCGUUACUAUUUUAUAAUUCAGUACAGAGAAUGCCGAAAUGGAACUUCUGGAAGUUUCUUGUGAGUCCGGAAGGCCAGGUGUUGCGUUUCUGGAAGCCGGAGGAGCCCAUAGAGGACAUUCGAAAGGAAGCCACAGCCCUUGUGCGAAAUAUCAUACUGAAAAAAAGACAGGAGCUAUGAUAAGCACAACCCCCCUCAGUGACUCAAAAGUGAAACAUUGUGCACAUGUAAGCGCGUCGACAUCAUCUGUGGUCAAAUGCGGAGAGCUUCACCUACAGUGACACCAAAGAGAAUUAAAGAAUAAUUCUGGUUAAUGUGAAUGAUACUGACAGGAGAUGGUCACUUGAGGCCUGGCUUUGUGUCCUUGUGUAUUAAUGUUAAUAAAAAUUGAAAUUUUGUGA